CGCCUUCCCGCUAGGGCCGCGCGGCCCGGGAGUCGCAGCCGCGGGCUGCAUGGGCAGCGCCUACGCCCCGCUGCUGAGUCGCCGCCGAGCCGCGCCGCCCUCGGAGCCGGGAUACACACAGGCCUGCUCUGGAACAGCCCUGUGUUGGAUCUCAGACAUAGUCCGCAUCAAGGUUGACGCUCAGCUAUGGAAUCGCAGCCGGUUGAUGACGAGGCCAUGGCGCUGUAAAUGAAGACCAGGUGAGCGGAGCAGAACGAUGCCCAGGGGUGGGCGCUCUAAAACCCCACAGCAAGAAGAGUUUCCCCUCAGCAACGACAUGGUGGAGAAACAAACUGGGAAAAAGGAUAAAGAUAAAGUUUCUCUAACCAAGACCCCGAGGCUGGACCGCAGUGAUGGAGGAAAGGAGGUGAGGGAACGGGCCACCAAGCGGAAGCUGCCCUUCACCGUGGGUGCCAAUGGGGAGCAGAAGGACUCGGACACAGAUGCCUCCAGCUCAGUCCAUGCUGUGGUACUGCAAGGCUGGUGCGCCCCUCGAAGCACCAUGGCAUGAAAUGGAGGUUCCUAGAAGCAAGAAGAAAGAAAAGCAGGGUCCUGAGAGGAAGCGGAUUAAGAAGGAGCCGGUCACCCGGAAGUCCGGGCUGCUGUUUGGCAUGGGGCUGUCGGGGAUCAGAGCAGGCUACCCGCUCUCUGAGCGCCAGCAGGUGGCUCUUCUCAUGCAGAUGACAGCAGAGGAGUCUGCCAACAGCCCAGUAGACACAACACCAAAGCACCCCUCCCAGUCUGCAGUGUGUCAGAAGGGGACACCCAGCUCUGCCUCCAAGACCAAAGACAAGGUGAACAAGAGGAACGAGCGGGGGGAGACCCGCCUGCACCGAGCCGCCAUCCGGGGGGACGCCCGGCGCAUCAAGGAGCUCAUCAGCGAGGGUGCUGAUGUCAACGUGAAGGACUUCGCAGGCUGGACUGCGCUGCAUGAGGCGUGUAACCGGGGCUACUAUGACGUCGCGAAGCAGCUGCUGGCCGCCGGUGCGGAGGUGAACACCAAGGGCCUGGAUGAUGACACCCCCCUGCAUGACGCCGCCAACAAUGGGCACUACAAGGUGGUGAAGUUGCUGCUGCGCUAUGGAGGGAACCCUCAGCAAAGCAACAGGAAGGGUGAGACGCCACUGAAAGUAGCCAGCUCCCCGACCAUGGUGAACCUCCUCCUAGGCAAAGGCACAUACACAUCCAGCGAGGAGAGCUCUACUGAGAGCUCGGAAGAAGAGGACGCCCCAUCAUUUGCACCUUCUAGUUCAGUUGAUGGCAAUAACACGGACUCUGAGUUUGAAAAGGGCCUUAAGCACAAGGCCAAGAAUCCAGAGCCACAGAAACCUGUGACCCCCGUCAAGGACGAGUACGAGUUUGACGAGGAUGACGAGCAGGACAGGGUCCCCCCUGUGGAUGACAAGCAUCUGCUAAAGAAAGACUAUAGGAAGGAGGCCAAGGCAGACAGCUUCAUUUCCAUCCCCAAGAUGGAGGUGAAGAGUUACACUAGGAACAACACGGCUGCACCAAAGAAAGCAUCCCAUCGGAUCUUGUCAGACACGUCAGACGAGGAGGAUGUGAGCGUGGCUGUGGGGACAGGGGAGAAGCUGAGGCUCUCGGCACAUACGGUGCUGCCCAGUAGUAAGACAAGAGAGUCUUCUAACUCCAAGCAGCAAAAGGAGAAGAACAAAGUGAAAAAGAAGCGAAAGAAAGAAACAAAAGGCAAAGAGGUUAGGUUUGGAAAAAGGAACGAUAAGUUCUGUUCCUCAGAGUCUGAGAGUGAGUGCUCGGAGAGUGAGGAUGAUGACGGGGGCUCGGUAGGGAGCUCUGGCUGCCUCAAAGAGUCCCCGCUGGUGCUGAAGGACCCCUCCCUGUUCAGCUCCCUGUCUGCCUCCUCCACCUCAUCCCACGGGAGCUCUGCAGCCCAGAAACCCAACCACACAGACCAGCACACCAAGCACUGGCGGACAGACAAUUGGAAAACCAUUUCCUCCCCUGCUUGGUCAGAGGUCAGCUCUUUAUCAGACUCCACCAGGACGAGACUUACAAGUGAGUCUGAUUACUCCUCUGAGGGGUCCAGUGUGGAGUCGCUGAAGCCAGCGAGGAAGCGGCCGGAGCACAGGAAGAGGUGUGGGCUGCAGGGUGCUCCACCUGACAAGAGGGGCUCUUUCCACCCUGCUGGGGAUGGCGCCAUUCCCAAGCUGGACAAGGAGGGCAAAGUCAUCAAAAAACAUAAAACAAAACAUAAACACAAAAACAAGGAGAGAGGACAGUGUUCAGUCAGUCAGGAACUUAAACUGAAAAGUUUUACUUACGAGUAUGAGGACUCCAGACAAAAAUCAGACAAGGCUGUACUUCUAGAAAAUGACAUUUCCACUGACAGUAAGGUGAAAGUGUUAAAGCAUGACAGAGACCAUUUUAAGAAAGAAGAGAAACUUAGCAAAAUGAAGUCAGAAGAAAAAGAAUGGCUCUUUAAAGAUGACAUAAUAAAAGUCUCCAGGGAUGAGAAGUCCCUGAGGAGAAUCAAAGAUGUGAACAAAGAUGCCAGCAGAUCUUUCCGAGAAGAAAAGGACCGUUCAAAUAAAGCAGAAAAAGAGAAGCCAGUGAAGGAAAAGUCUCCAAAGGAGGAAAAACUGAGACUCUACAAAGAGGAAAGAAAGAAAAAGUCAAAAGACCGGCCCUCAAAAUUAGAGAAAAAGAACGAUUUAAAAGACGACAAAAUUUCAAAAGAAAAGGAAAAGACUCUUAAAGAAGAUAAAGAAAAACUCAAAAAAGAAAAAAUUUAUAGGGAAGAUUCUGCUUUUGACGAAUAUUGUAACAAAAACCAGUUUCUGGAAAAUGAAGACACCAAAUUUAGCCUUUCUGAUGACCAGCAGGAUAGGUGGUUUUCCGACUUGUCUGAUUCAUCCUUUGAUUUUAAAGGGGAAGACAGUUGGGACUCCCCAGUGACAGAUUACAGGGACAUCAAAAGUGACUCUGUGGCUAAACUCAUCUUGGAAACAGUGAAGGAGGACAGCAGAGAGCGGAGGCGGGAUGGCAGGGCCCGGGAGAAGCGAGACUACAGAGACGCCCUCUUCAGAAGGAAGGACAGGGACUACACGGACAGGAACUCCGAGAAGAGGAAAGACCUGGUAGAAAAGCACAGAGGCAUCUCCAGCUACCUCUCAGAGAAGGACAAGAAGAGGAGAGAGUCUGCAGAGGUUGGGAGGGACAGGAAGGAUACCCUCGAGAGCACCAAGGAGCGGAGGGACAGCAGAGGGAAGCCCGAUGAGGCGCGCAGGGAGGACCCAAAGGACUGUGGCUGCGAGGGCAUCUUCAAGGACAAGGCUGAUGGGGACUUUGUAAAGAGCCUGGAGCCAUGGGAGAGGCAUCACCCAGUGAGAGAGAAGGAGAAGAAAGACAGCCUCGAUAAGGAGAGGAAGGAAAAAGUAAAAUCAGAAAAAUACAAAGAUAAGUCCAGCGACAAAGACAAAAAUGAAAAGUCUGUCCUUGAAAAAUGUCAGAAGGACAAAGAAUUUGAUAAGUGUUUUAAAGAGAAAAAAGAUACCAAGGAAAAGCAUAAAGACAUACAUGGCAAAGAAAGAAAAGUGUCUCUUGACCAAGGGAAAGAAAAAAAAGAGAAAACUUUCCCUGGAAUUAUCUCAGAAGACUUCUCUGAAAAAAAAGAUGAGAAGAAGGGUAAAGAGAAAAGCUGGUAUAUUGCAGAUAUAUUCACGGACGAAAGUGAAGAUGAAAAAGACGAUUAUAUGGCGAGUGGGUUCAAGCUCGGAGAGACCAGUGACAUCCAGAGGGUGGAUGGGCUGCAGGAGGAGGGGAGGGAGCCCUAUGCCACUGACAGGCACAGAAAGUCCUCUGACAAGCAGCAUUCGGAGCGGCAGAAGGACAGGGACUCCAGAGAUAAGAGGAGGGACCGAGUGGCCACUGAAGGGACGAAGGACAGAAGGGAAAAGGCCUUUGAGAAGCACAAAGAGAAGAAGGAUAAAGAGUCCACAGAAAAACACAAGGACAGGAAAGACAGAGGGUCAGUGGACACCACUCAAGAAAAGAAAAGUAAACAGAAGCUCCCUGAGAAGGCUGACAAGAAACACUCCGCUGAAGAUAAGUCUAAAAGCAAGCACAAAGACAAGUCAGAUAAAGAGCAUUCUAAAGAGAGGAAGUCUUCCCGGGCCGCGGAGAUGGAGAAGAGCUUGCUGGAGAAGCUGGAAGAAGCAGCGCUUCAUGAGUACAGGGAAGAUUCCAACGAUAAAGUGAGCGAGGUCUCGUCCGACAGUUUCACCGACCGAGUGCAGGAGCCGGGGCUAAGCACGCUGCUGGAGGUGUCCUUCACGGAGCCGGCCUUAGAGGACAAGGUCAGGGAGGGUGCCUGCCUCCCCGAGAGGCUGAGGGAGAAGGAGAGGCACAGGCACUCCUCGUCCUCAUCCAAGAAGAGCCAUGACCGGGAGAAAGCCCGUAAGGAGAGGGCUGAGAGGAGAGAGAGGAGUGAUGAUGUCAAGGACCUCAGCAGCAGGAAGGACUCUGGCCAGUAUGAGAAGGACUUCUUGGAUGCUGAUGCAUACGGCAUUCCCUAUGGUGGUAAAGCGGAUACAGAAGAUGAUUUAGAUAAAACCAUUGACUUGUUUUCUACUGAAAAGAAAGAUAAAAAUGAUUCUGAAAGAGAAGCUUCUAAGAAAGUAGAAAAGGAACUAAAGCCUUACGGAUCUAGCAGCAUCAACAUCCUACGAGAAAAAAAGAAGCGGGACAAACACAGGGAGAGGUGGAGAGAGGAGAGGGAGAAGCUGCGGGAGAGGCAGGCGGAUGGGUUCCUGAGACAGCACCGGGACGAGCAAAAGCUUGUGGGCAGAGACAGGGACAACUCUGCUCACCCCUGCAAGGAGAGGCCCAAGGAUGAGAGCUUGAAACUGAAGGACAAACUCAAGGAGAAUGCGGAGAAAGACAAAGGUGACUCAGUGAGGGUCAGCAGCGGGAGUGAGAGGUUGGUACCGCCUAAGGAUCCAGGCAAGAGGGACGCCAGGCCCCGAGAGAAGCUGCUGGGGGACGGUGAUCUGAUGAUGACCAGCUUUGAGAGGAUGCUGUCCCAGAAGGACCUGGAGGUUGAGGAGCGCCACAAGAGGCACAAGGAGAGGAUGAAGCAGAUGGAGAAGCUGCGGCACCGGUCUGGGGACCCUCGGCUCAAGGAGAGGGCAAAGCCGGCUGAUGAUGGGCGCAAAAAGGGGCUGGAUGUUCCCUCCAAGAAACCGCUGGGGCAAGACCCUCUGUUUAAAGACAGAAAACUCAAGGAAUCAACUCCAACGCCAGCCACCACUGAAAAUAAGCUACACCCAGGACCAGCCACAGAUCCCAAAGACUGGUUUGCGGGACCUCAUGGGAAGGAGGUCCUGCCUGCCUCGCCCAGGCCUGAGCAGAGCCGGCCCACUGGGGUGCCCACCCCCACAUCAGCGGUGUCAUGCCCCAGCUUUGAGGAGGUGAUGCACACACCCCGGACCCCGUCCUGCAGUGCUGACGACUACCACGACCUCGUGUUCGACUGCACUGACUCCCAGCACUCGCCGCCUGUCUCCUCUGCGUCCACCAGCGCCUGCUCCCCCUCCUUUUUUGACAGGUUCUCUGUGGCUUCAAGCGGGCUCUCAGAAAACCCUGGCCAGACUCCCACAAGGCCUCUUUCUACAAAUCUUUAUCGCUCAAUCUCCGUUGAUAUCAGGAGGACCCCUGAAGAGGAGUUCAGCAUUGGGGACAAGCUGUUCAGGCAGCAGAGUGUCCCUGCCUCGGCCGGAUAUGGCUCUCCUGCACAGCACCUAAUGGAGGACAAGGCUCCUCUGCCCCCGGUGCCUGCGGAUAAGUUUGCAUGUUUGUCCCCAGGGUGUUACUCCCCAGACUAUGGCGUCCCCUCCCCCAGGGUCGAGGCUCUGCACUGCCCACCUGCAGCUGUUGUCACUGUCACCCCACCUCCAGAUGGGGUCUUCUCGAGUUUACAAGCAAAAUCCUCUCCAUCUCCCAGAGGUGAGGUGUUGGCCUCUUCCCUGGAAGGGGCCCUUCCCCCUGACCUGGGCCUCCCUCUGGAUGCCACAGAGGACCAGCAGGCCACAGCUGCCAUCAUACCCCCGGAACCCAACUACCUGGAGCCCCUGGACGAGGGCCCAUUCAGCACUGUCAUCACAGAGGAGCCUGUGGAGUGGGCCCACCCUGCUGAGCAGACUCUUUCUUCCAGCUUACUCGGGAGUGCCUCGGAAAACCCCGUUACCUGGCCUGUGGGGUCAGACCUUUUGCUUAAGUCUCCACAGAGGUUUCCAGAGUCCCCGAAACAUUUCUGUCCUGCAGAGUCCCUCCAUCCUGCUGCUCCAGGACCGUUCAGCACCUCUGAGCCCCCAUACCCUGUCUCUCCUGUCUCCUACCCUCUGUCCAUCCCAGAGCCCGGACUAGAGGAGGUCAGACACAAUGGGGUGGAGGCAGUUCCUGCCGCUGUCCCCACUGCUGAGGAGGCGGCUCCAUACGCCCCUCCCUCCAGGCUGGAGUCCUUCUUCAGCAAUUGUAAAUCCCUUCCGGAAGCCCCUCUUGAUGUGGCCCCUGAGCCUGCUUGUGUAACCACUGUGGCCCAGGUGGAGACCCUUGGGCCUUUGGAAAACAGCUUUCUGGACAACAGCCACAACCUGUCUGUGUCUGCCCUCGGCCAGGUGGAGCCGGUGCCCUGGGCUGAUGCCUUUGCCCAAUCUGAGGACACCCUCGACCUGGGGCCCUUCUCCCUCCCAGAGCUUCCUCUUCAGACUAAAGAGGUUUCGGGUGUUGAGACGGAGCCUGUAGGAGAAAGUCUUGUUCCUCCAGAAAAGAUUCCUCCAGGGACCCCUGUGGUCAUAAGUGGGGGUAAUGUUUCUGCAUUGGCGGCUGAGGGACAACCAGCGCUGCCCCCUGAGCAGGCAGCCACCCUGCUGCCCAUGGAGCCGGAGGCCACAACAGAGCCCGAGCUGGGCCUGUCCCUGGAGGCCACAGUGGAAGCUGAGAUGGUGUCAGAAGAGGGGGCUUCUGAGGAUGUGGACACCUGCCUAGUGCCCGCUCCCAACCCUGCUGUUGAGCAGCACCUGCCAGGGGCUAGGGAGGAUGGCACUGAGGCUGAAGACUCCUCCCCCGCAUCCCCCAGGGGCCCUGACAGCCCUGCUCAGGACAGGGACAGCAUGACGCACAUGCAUGCCCUCGAUGGUCCUGGCCCCGCAGAGAACUCUGUGGUCAAUCAUCGUGUGCCUGGGCCUGCUGAAGGCCUCCCGGGCAGUGUGUCACCCACAGCGGCUGAACCUGAGCCCAAAACUGCAGCUGAAGCCCCGAAGGUCCCUCGUGUGGAGGAGACGCCGCAGCGCAUGACCAGGACCCGUGCGCAGAUGCUGGCCAGCCAGGGCAAGCAGGGCACGCCGCCCCCUGAGCGUGAGCUGGGCCCAGCCGCCCCAGCCAGGGCACGGGGCCGUGGCUGUGAGGACGAUGAGGCCCAGGCCCAGCACCCCCGCAAGCGGCGCCUGCAACGCUCUGGGCAGCAGCUGCCACCACUCAGCACAUCUACCCGGCAGACGCGCGAGGUCAUCCAGCAGACGCUGGCCGCCAUCGUGGAUGCCAUCAAGCUGGAUGACAUUGAGCCGUACCACAGUGACAGAUCCAACCCCUACUUCGAGUACCUGCAGAUCCGCAAGAAGAUAGAGGAGAAGCGCAAGAUACUGUGUUACAUCACGCCGCAGGCCCCGCAGUGCUACGCCGAGUACGUCACCUACACUGGCUCCUACCUGCUGGACGGCAAGCCUCUCAGCAAGCUGCACAUCCCGGUGAUCGCGCCCCCUCCCUCCCUGGCGGAGCCCCUGAAGGAGCUCUUCAAGCAACAAGAGACUGUCCGGGGAAAGCUUCGUCUGCAGCACAGCAUCGAGCGGGAGAAACUGAUCGUGUCCUGUGAGCAGGAGAUUCUGCGUGUUCACUGCCGGGCAGCCAGGACCAUCGCCAACCAGGCUGUGCCAUUCAGCGCCUGUACAAUGCUGCUGGACUCUGAGGUCUACAACAUGCCCCUGGAGAGCCAGGGUGAUGAGAACAAAUCAGUGCGGGACCGGUUCAAUGCCCGCCAGUUCAUCUCCUGGCUUCAGGAUGUGGACGACAAGUACGACCGCAUGAAGACCUGCCUCCUGAUGCGGCAGCAGCACGAGGCCGCCGCCCUCAAUGCUGUGCAGAGGAUGGAGUGGCAGCUGAAGGUGCAGGAGCUGGACCCUGCCGGGCACAAGUCCCUGUGUGUGAACGAGGUUCCCUCCUUCUAUGUGCCCAUGGUCGACGUCAAUGAUGACUUUGUGCUGCUGCCAGCGUGACACCCACAGCGAAGGCCACAGGACACAGGCGAGGGCCGUGCAGGUCCAUCACAAGCUGCUGCUGAGCCCCGUGGCAGAGGAAGGAGCACCGUGUCCACCCGGCACUUGGCCACGGCAGCUCUGUCCCUUCCAGACUGGCCCAGGUGUCAGUGAGGUGGGGAGAGUCUCUUUGAUACCAGCUGCUGCGGAGUGGGGCAAGGCCCCCACAGCACAGUCUCGCCCACCAGGUGGGAGGAGCCCACGGAGACAUGGUGGCUUCCAGCUCUGGAAACGGUGACUUUCGGGUCCUUCAUUCUAGCCAACUUCAGAGGCAUUUGGGGAGUCGCAGAACAGAGUGCAUUUAAAAAAUUUCUUGUUCCAUUCUGAUCAACUAAAGGAAAUAAAAUCAAGGCAUCCACCUCACAGUGACCUCCAGGUCAGAGGGCAGGAGAGCACUGUCCCAGCUGCGG